UGGACUCUCGCUCUCUCUCACUCACACACACAUAGUAACCUCCGCGCACCGCUCAGAUCUAUAUACACUCGCAUAUAGGACGCGCGCAUUGCUGUGCUACUGUCUUGCAAAAGGCAAUAGGUGCGCAUCCUAAAAGGUGCUGUUUUGUUUGUUUUACUGUUCUCAGCAAACGCCUUAUUCUGACAUCCUCUAGAGUUUGGCAGCACCUGCUCCUGUUUCUGGGGCCAACAAUUGCAAAGGAGACUUCUGAGAAAUAGUGACAGACAGAGUGAGGAUGUGUGGGGUGGACGUGGACCUGGACGAGGGGGGCUCAGGCGACGAGGAGAAGGAGCAGCAGGAGUUCUGGGUGGGUGAGAGGGUGAAGAUGCUGCCUCCUCCCACGGCCCACAGUGAGGGCAGCGCGUGGGGCACCCGCCGGGGCAGGUGUGGCUGUGUGGCGUGUGGGGUGGGGCUGCUGCUGUGGAAUGUGGGUGUGGCCCUGGUGUGUGUCCUGGUCCUGGUGGCCGUGUUUGCCCUGGUCUUGCUGCCCGCCUCACUGCUGCUCUACGCCGGCUUCCUCUGCCACUCACGGGUCCUAGAUUCCCCCUCUCCUAUCUGCCGUUACCUCGACGAUAACAGCUGCUCCGCCCUCAUCAUCCUGGGCUUCGUGAUGAUGUCACCGCUGGUGGUGGUGGCGGCGGCCAUCUUCUGUGGGCUGCUCCGGAGGCUGCGACUCCUGCUGCUGUUUCAGCCAAUAACAGGCGCAUGGUACCGUGGGAGGUGCUUGGACUGGGGAGGCGAUGUCCGUGCCUGGGUCUGAUUGGACCAACGCUCUAAUAAACCAGUGUUGAAAGAGUUCAAUAGGUCAACAGUCAAGAGAGAAUCGAGUCCUGGAGAAUCGCGGUGUCAAUGUAUUUUCUGUCCUAUUCAACUGUAAUGAAUGUCAUACAAUCAAAUGGAUACCAUGUAAACCAGUCCAUUUGUUUAAAGACUGAGAGCUUUACAUGUGGAACAGGCAGUGGCUAUAGGGCUGUUGCUGGUCAGAGAGGAAACAGUGGAGGUAAGGGUGGGAUAUACUAGCAGCUCUUCUCUGUUGAUUUGUAUUGGUUAUGUAUAUUGAUCUAUUUUCAAUUGUCUGCUAACUUAUAUGGUUAUGAAUCUUGACGUAGCAGAAAAAUGACUUACAGUAUUGUAUAAACUGUCACUCAAAUGUCUAGAAUGGAAGGAAAAUAUGUUUACAAGUGAACUUCUUUUGCAGAUUUUUUUUAUUUUAUUGAUUUAAUUAUUUUCACCACCUGGUAAAAGUGCCAUGAAAGCUACCUCGAUGUAAGUAGAGUUCAUAAAAGUAGCCUAGGUUGCUCUACAUCAGUCAUGUGUGAAUGGGAUGAGACAGAAUUGUAGCCCUUUCUUUUUCUGUUGUGUUUGCUUUCUGUUUUUGUUUUUUUGUUUAGUAUAUUGGCAUAUUUACUUGCAAUUGGAGUGUAACUAUUCAUUUUGCACAAAAAAAAAUCAUUCUGAUGUGUUUAUACAAAGCCGUCAUUACUCAUUUUGUACUUAUCAGAUCCUACCAACAUUACAUUUCUAUGUACCUGGUAAUUGACUUAUAUGUAAACGCAUUUAUGUUAAUUCCCCUUAAUUGCGGCCACUGUAAAAGGAAUUGGAGCUGAAAUGCCAAGUCUUUGAUCUGUCUAUCUGUGGGUCUUUUUCUAAUGGCUGAUAACGUCUCCAAGGAUUGAAUUAAAAGAUAGUAGAGGCUAAUUGGGAGGACUCUUAGUUCAAAUAGAGAUACAGUUUUAAAUCCAUGGACAUUUCACUGUAAUUAUCUCACAUAGAUCUGCAUAUGAUGUGUGGUAUGAUUCAUAUCAGAUAAUGUCCAGACAUUCCUCAAUCUGCUCCUGAGAGCCAGUGUGGUUCUAUGUGAUAUUAUUUAAUAGAGUGUCUCUCUUCCUCCCAACAUGGUCUACUACUUUGAAGUCAUUACUCAAUAGUAUGCUAAUCGCUAAUCAUUAGAGAUCUAAAGACGUUGCUCACGGAAAGAUGGCAUCCAGUAGUCAUGUUGUCUGAGGUAGACACGCACACACACACACACACACACACACACACACACACACACACACACACACACACACACACACACA